UACGAUGCGAAUGAUAACACAACAACUACAACACACGCUAUCGUCUCUCUCUCUCUAGAUUGAUAGAUAGAUCGUUACUUCUCUCUCUAACCCCAAAAAUUCCAAACCCUAAAACCUUCUAAAAAAAAAAUAUUUAUUCACAUGAAACGCCCAAUCCACACGCAAACCACCCUAGAAUCAAAUUCUAAUCAAUCAACCAAAAAAUCAAUUUGAUGAUUAGAUUAAUAAAGUUAUCAUAUUCUUCUCAGAAACCCUAGCAGCAGCUUAAAUUCGGAUUUUUUUUCUUCAUUUUGUUGUUGGAAUGGAGGAGGAUCUCGGAGCCCCGGAGUCAUGGGAGGUUGCUGAUCUGGACCAGACGAUGAGUCGUUUGAUGCUCAAUAAUAACAAUAGCAAUGACUCCUCCUCCUCCAAACAGGCCUCUCGAGAUUCUUCUUCUUCGGUUUCGGUUCAUAAUUCCGGUUCGGGUGACGGUUUAAUUAAUCAGGUUGAUCAGUUCCUUCGGGAUGCCUUGAACAACCCCCGUGAGCGCCUUUCCAUUUUGAGGAUGGAGCAAGAUGUUGAAAAGUUUAUUCGUGAUCCUACACAACAACAAUUAGAAUUUCAGCAGUUGCCCACUUCAUAUUUACGGUUGGCUGCACAUCGUGUGGCACAGCAUUAUUCGCUGCAAUCAAUGGUUUUGCUAGACAAUAACUUACCUGAUGGUUCUGGUUCCAGAAUUAUUGUCCGCAAGACAUCUGAGUGUAGGCUGCCUUCGAUUCGCUUGGCUGACAUUCCUGUGAAUUUGCCAUCUGAAGACAGUGGUGUCGUCAAAGUUGCAAUUAAACAAAGGCCCCAGAAAAGGUCUCAAAGUGCCAACAAUUCUAAUUCGAAUUCCUCAAAGGCAAAUAAUUCCAAAAGUGUGGAGGAAAGAAAAGAGGAGUACAACAAGGCACGUGCACGAAUAUUUAACUCUAGUAGUUUAACCAGUGGUGCUAGUGCAAAACCAGAAACUGAAGCAAGAUACCAAGAUAGUUCUCAGCAUGGUUUAUUGGGUGUGUUGAAGACAGAAGAAAAAUCCUCUACAGGAAAUUCAGAUAUAAAUCCUGGUAGAAGUUUGAUUGAAUCUUCUACAAGUAGCAAUAGAUCAGCUAGAACUAGGACAGAAAAGGAACCAAUUAGCAGGUACAGACCGAACAAUAGGGUGGCCAUUUUUCGAGACCGUGAAGUUGAUAGGAAAGAUCCUGACUAUGACCGGAGCUAUGACAGGUAUAUGCAAAGGUUUGAUCCUGGAUUUGGAUUCAAUGGUGGUCCAUACACCAUGCAGCCACUGUACACCCCUGCAUUGAAUUACAACACUGAAUUUCCACAACUUGGUUCCAGCCAUAGGCCACAGAUAUCUGCAGAACACCAACCUCAGCCGCUCCCUCAACAUUUGCCUGGGCCAUGGGCUGCCCCAUCAGCCCCUGCUGGAAUGAGUUAUGGGCAUCCAGAAACAAUGAUGCAACCGUUUAAUCCAAAUCAAAUUGGUGCACGCUCCACAUCUGCCGUUUACUUGCAUUCCUCCCAGUAUCCCUGUCAGCGUCCAGGAAUGCCUUUUAUCCAUCCUCAUGAACAUGUUCAGCCUUUUUCACAGUCUCAUCAACAACCUGAUGCAAAUUUUGGUUUAGCCCGGCCCCGGUGAGGGGCUUGGGCCAUGCCUGCACCCUGCCAGCUGGAACUUGCGCUUGAAAUAUUAAUAGGAUGCUGUAUCCCAGCUUGCAGGCGUGCAGGCAUAAGGAUCCGAGGUGGAUGGGAGUGGACAUUUUGCAUUAAGAUCCACUCCACCAGCCUCGGUAUCAAUUAAAGCUUCUUCUAUAUGUGAUGAAGAAGCUCAAAGGCUCGGGGGGAUCUAUAGGUGAAUGAUUGUGAGCCUUGUCUUACCUCUGAUGAUGAUGAUGAUGAUGAUGAAUGAAAUCAGAAAAGAAUUGACAUAGCUGGAAAUGCUGUUCUCUGGUUGGAAGAAGACCCGUUAAGAGCCAAAAGGGAAAAAUACAUGAAGGUUGUUUUGGUUCGAGGUGGUAUUUCAGUAUUUGGGUCACAGCGGCUUGGUUGUGCAGCCCUUGAAAACUCUGAUCACCACUUUAACUGCGCCUCAAAGACUUGUUUACUAGAAUUAUGAAGUGGAUCUUGUUGUGUAUCAUAAUAUCUUUCGGACUGUAAUGGUAUCUAUGGAUCACUAUCUACAAUUUGAUCAGUCACCUGUAAUCUAUUUGCAGAUUUUAGAAAAGAUAUUGAUUGGAGGAGUUUAACUCUCUAAAAUUCUUCUCUUUAUUCAUCUGUUGAAAUUGCCUUCUUUGUUACUUAA